GUUUUCCCUCAGACAUCACCUCGGCGGAGGGACUCGCACUACUUUUCCUCUCAUUCUGUUACAGCUCGUUGAUCUAGGAGGGACCAGCAGGAUAUUUUUUUUUACCCCCACACUUUAUACUUUAUACCACAAAAGAAAAUUAAAAAAAAAAAGGAAACAUGAGCCAGACCGUGACUCUAAAGGGACCCUCUCCUUGGGGCUUCAGGCUGGUGGGAGGACGGGACUUCAGCACGCCUUUGACCGUCUCCAGGGUAACACCAGGCAGCAAGGCGGCCCAAGGUGACCUGUGUCCGGGCGACACCAUCCUGGCCAUCAACGGCGACAGCACGGAGGUCAUGACGCACAUGGAGGCCCAGAACCGGAUCAAAACCUGCACCCAGCAGCUCACGCUCAACAUCAGCAGGUCGGGAUCAGGAGACAGAGUUUGGUCGCCAACGGUUAGCGAAGACGGCAAGACAAGCCCUUACAUGGAGCCUGACUCACAGAAUUUCCGUCCAAUCACCAGCGGAUACGGCGGUUCCAGUCGCAAACCUUCGUAUACCCCUGAACCCCAGUACCCGCAGACACCCCAGUCCCCAGUGGGUCUCCGGUCCCCAGUGGUUCUCCAGUCUCCCCAGGGUCUCCAGUCUCCCCAUGGUUUCCAGUCCCCACAGGCUCCCCAGCCCACUCACCUGAACAACGGACACUCCCGACCCAACAACGGCCACAGCUACGGAUACGGGAACGGCAACGGGCACGCUCAGUACAACAACCCAACAGGACUUUAUCAAAACGGCAGCAAUGGAGACAGAUCUCUGCCGAGCAAGAUGGGAGGCCUCAGCCUCAGCGCCACUCAUAGCCCAGAGCCUCCCACACACUCCCUGGGUCGUAAUGGUUUUGACCCACAUUCAGAUGUCUACAAGAUGCUGCAGGACUACGAAGAGCCCGUCUCUGCACCCAAACAGUCUGGAUCCUUCAAAUACCUCCAGGGAAUCCUCGAGGCUGAGGAUGGAGGUGUGUCCCCAACAGAGAGAAUGAGAAACUUAAAGUCUCCAGUCAGGUCUCCGAUCCCCAAACUGGGAAGCCCCAUCCCCAGCCCCAUGACUGGUCUUCAGAAGCUUCCCCAGUGCACACGCUGCUGUAAUGGCAUUGUUGGCACCAUUGUGAAGGCCAGAGACAAGCUCUACCACCCCGAGUGCUUCAUGUGCGACGACUGCGGCGUCAACCUCAAGCAGAAAGGCUACUUCUUCAUCGAGGACAGUCUGUACUGUGAGACCCACGCCAUGGCACGCGUCCAGCCCCCAGAGGGCUACGACGUGGUGGCCGUUUACCCCAACUCCAAGGUGGAGCUGGUCUGAGUCCGAGCUGAUUAUACUGUAAUAUAACUGGGAAACUAAAAUAUGGGAGAACGGGGCUUCAGAGUAUCCUAGCCAACAUUCAUCAGGCUCUGUCGGGCAGGAACGCAGAUCUUGGAUCAGCCUUUGGGAAAGUUCUAUGAAAUUUGUGUUUCGAUGAUCUAGAUCAGCAUUUCUGCACCGACAGUCUUGAUAAAUGCUUUGUGCAUCGAUGCAUAUUGGAAUAUGUUGACAGAAUAACGCUUUGAUCUGAUAAGUAUCCUACAAGCACAUUAUUACCAGAUAUUCAAUAUUCAAAACAGGAAAUGCACAGAUGGCAAACGUCUGCGGAUUAAAGAAUGAGAUGCUUAUGUGGUUUCUCCAGUAAAACUCCAGCUUUCUAACAAUCAGCAGAAUAUUCCUACCAGCACAAUAGUAAGUAGAGAAGCGUAGAGGACCUUAUCUCAGAAAAACUGGGUAUGAUAGUCAACUGCGAGAGGCAUAUCAUUUUUUUUCCUGUUUGAAUUGUGCCGUGAAUUACACAUAUGAUGUUUGUCAAUUUAAAAGAUAAUUUUGCCCAAGAAAGUGGCAGUUCUUCGCAUUUAUAUUAAGUUUUCAUGAAACCGCUCCGUGAACUACAUCUCUGUGUCCCACAAAAUGUACAUCACCAACAUCAACAGGGCUGUUAGCUUGGCUUGCUAGCUAACUAGCUAACUUAUCAUUAUUCCACGCACAAAUGUAAAGUUAUCCUAUCUUAUAAAUACACAAGAAGCUGAAAGCUGAUUGGUGGAAUAAACAGAGAGAAGAGAGCACAGCUGAAGAGACUAAAACAACACAGGUGAUACACAAAACAGAAGGCGGGAAAACCCAAAGUCAAACAAACCCAGGACACAAGAGGCAGGAAACUUCAAAAUAAAACAGGAAACAGACUAAACAAAAACCCAAGAUUAUGACAAUGUUACCUGAUAUUGUUUUAUCCAGCAGCUCUUUCUAAACAGCUGGGAAACUAAAGAAAGAGCAAGACCCGACGUCUAGUGCGAGACUUCUGGGUGUUUUGUCUUUCUUAUUACGUAUUUAUAUAUCUUAUAAUUUAACGACAAAAUGUCACUUUCAGGACGUGCAAAUUAUCUUUAAAUUGACAAACAUCAUAUGUGUAAUUCAUGGCACAAUACACACGGGAUAGAAAAAUAAUCUCCGUUGACUACCGUAUGCAUUUGUUUCCAUAAUAAGGUCCCAUUGUUGUCCAUCUUCACCUCUCUAUGUCCAAUAAAAACCCUCACUCAAGCCUUAAAAUACUACACUUAAGCGUGUAUGUGUGUGAUAUGGAUUAUCACAAAAGUGUUUUUACUGCCUUUCAGACUAAUUUUACAUUAUUCCGCAUUGCCUUUGCAGUUUUAAUAACAACAGUUGUUUCAGCUUCAGGUUAAGGGGUUUAAAGGUUCCUCUGUGUUUUUAAAAUAAGUUACAGUUACACAUCAUAACCGUGUUGCAGAUGGACUUUUGCAUUUUAUAACUCACAUCUAUGCAGUUUAUUGUCUCAGACUUUCAGAGAACAUCUCUGUCUGAGGGCCACUUUCUCUGCUUGUUUUUCAGCAAUACUUCAUUAUAAGCACAUCUCUAACAAGCAUAAUCAUGGGCGUCUGGAAUGUGUUCCGUUAUAUUUUGGUGGAUGGGUUUUACCGAGCUGUAACCUCUAGUAAAUGACUCCGUAUGCAGCUAUCCAAGCACCACCCUUUGAAAUGUAAAUAAAACUCUGCUGGAGACAUCCUCAGAGCUUUUCCACGACCUCGAGUCAUAAACAACCCUUUUGCAAGAAAUGGAACUUUAAUGAUGAAGUAACUUUGACGACAUUUUUGAACAGCCGUGAUACACGUUCUCUCUCUCUCUCUCUCUCUCAAGCACCUGACCGAGGGAGGAAUUUCACCUCUCCAGUUCAUAAAAAACAAGAGCGCAGAGUUCACUGGGUCGGUUUAUUAAAAACACUCAAUUUUGACACAAAUAUGGUUCUCUGCGUCUCAUGACAAC